GUAAAUUUUAAAAAGAAUCUUGACCUUUACCAUAAAUAGUUGGAGAAAUAUUUUCAUAGAGGAUUGUUCAUGGCCAUGAGUUCAUGAUGCUUGGAGCAGAGUUAGCAAGGAAAGGAAAGGUAUAACAUGGAGAUAAGGAUAUAAGUUGGAGCAAGAUCAAGAGUCAAUAUUUUCAGAAAUAAUCAUUCGUAUUUAGAACAUUUUAAUUAAAAUAUAUAUUGCAUAAAAGGAAGCAAAAUUAUAGUGUGUUUUGUAUGUUCUUUAGUUGCUACAUAAGGAGAUGUCCAUCUUAUUGUGUCCAGGAAAUUUCCACAAACUGUAGAUCAUCUUAGCUUUCUCUGUUCUUCUUUCUUUUUGACUUUUCAGCUGAUAUUUAAACUUUGUUAACCAUGGAACUAGAAAAUGGCACUGAAGUGACUGAAUUCGUUCUCCUGGGAUUUACUGCUCAGUACAAGUUUUGGCAUGUCCUCUUCAUAGUAUUUCUAGUGAUCUAUGUGACCACCCUAGUGAGUAAUAUUGGGCUGUUUCUACUAAUUGAGAUUGAGUCCAGCCUUCACACCCCCAUGUACUUCUUCCUCCAACACUUGGCUUUUGUUGAUCUCUGUUACACCUCUUCUAUCACACCCAAGAUGUUGCAAAACUUCCUAAGAACAGAAAAAUCUAUCUCGUUCAUAGGAUGUUUGGUACAAUUAUUAGUCUAUGGUACUUUUGCAACCAGUGACUGCUACAUCCUGGCUGCCAUGGCAGUGGACCGCUAUGUGGCCAUCUGUAACCCCCUCCACUACCCAGUAGUCAUGUCGCAGAGAGUCUGCAUUCAACUAUUAAUUGGGUCAUACUUCAUGGGUUUCAUAAAUGCCUCUAUAAACACAAGUUUUACCUUCUCAUUGAGCUUUUGCAAAUCCAAUGCAAUUAACCACUUCUUCUGUGAUGAACCCCCAAUUCUUGCCCUUGCAUGCUCCAAUAUUGAUUUGAACAUCAUGCUACUGACAGUCUUCGUGGGGUUUAAUUUGGUGUUCACUGUGUUGGUUGUUAUCUUUUCCUACAUAUAUAUCUUUGCUGCCAUCCUGAAGAUAUCUUCUACAGCUGGGAGACAAAAAGCCUUCUCCACGUGUGUCUCUCACCUGACAGCAGUCACCAUAUUCUACGGGACUCUCUCUUAUAUGUAUCUACACCAUGGUACUAAUGCGACUCAAGAGCAGGAGAAAGCAGCUUCUGUAUUUUAUGGCAUUAUAAUCCCCAUGAUAAACCCCCUGAUCUACAGCCUAAGAAACCAAGAUGUGAGAGAAGCUCUAAAAAGAAUCAGAAAGAAGUGUUUCUAGUUAGAGCCUUGAUUUCUAACUCUCAACACUAUCAGACCAACUGUACUCUCUUAUUUUCCAAUCUCAGAAGAUGUAGCAAAUGUUUGUGAGGCACAAAA